CCGGCCGGGGGGCGGUGCCAGAGCCUGUCCCUACGAGAGUUCUGAGUGCUCGGCAACUUCCCGACUGCCCUCUUCCUGCCUCCUGUGCCCACCGUUCUUAGGCAUCAGCAUGCCGGGUCCAACGCCCAGUGGCACCAACGUGGGCUCCUCUGGCCGCUCUCCCAGCAAAGCGGUGGCCGCACGAGCUGCGGGAUCCACUGUCCGGCAGAGAAAAAAUGCCAGCUGUGGGACCCGUAGUGCAGGCCGCACCACCUCUGCAGGGACUGGGGGGAUGUGGCGAUUCUACACGGAAGAUUCCCCAGGGCUCAAAGUGGGCCCUGUCCCAGUGCUGGUGAUGAGUCUUCUGUUCAUUGCUUCUGUAUUUAUGCUGCACAUUUGGGGCAAGUACACGCGAUCGUAGAUUGGGCUACAUCCAUCUGUCAUCUGAAGAAGAAGAAGAAGGAAAAAACCCAACAUAUCUUGGACCAAAAGUGUAGUGAUUUUUUGUUCACGUGUAUUAUUCUACAGAGAAUAAGAAUUGACUUUGAGAAAUCAGUUUUUUCUAUGGCUAUUAAACUUUGGAAUUGCUUUAUAUGGA